AUGGUUGAAAAAGUGAGGGCUGAUCCCGAGAACCUUGGCUGUAACAUGGUCGACUGUAUCAAUCGCAGAUACUCAGCCCAGGCUCCCCCACAAGACACUCUCAGUAACGACUCAGACGCCCUCACCGUCGUCUCCCCCGCACUGAUCUCCAAGUUCGAGAUGACCUACUGGUAUCAUGGCAUUUCCGGCAACCCUCCCAAACUCAUGUGGCGUUCCGAUUUCGAGGCCAACCCCUUCCCCAUCCCCGCGCUUAGAGCCCGCUUCUUCAAAAUCCCCCACAAAACUGCCCACGGUGUCUUCAAUACGCCGCUUAACGCUGUAUGGGAUACUGUCGCUCCUCAGAUCUUAGCAUCGAUGAAGGCCCAUGGCCUUAAGUACUCUGCGCUGAAGACAGUGCGCUUCUCGAUCGUCGAGGAUGGCAAGGAGGAAACUUUGGGCCCAGUCGUGGUAUGGAUCGCGGUUCGUCCCAACACCAUUAACGCCGAGGGUGUUCACAAUGCCACGCCCGAUAUCCUUGACAUCCUCGCUGAAUCCCAGAUCACCGAUGUCGUCGUCGAGUGGUACGAAGGGUCGGUCGAAAGGCUGGUCGGCCCGCCUCUGAUGAGCGUCAAGGACAACACCAGUCCCAUAUUCGGCCUCAACCACCCCUUUAACACUGGCCUCGGCAUCCCCAUCGCCAGGCAGUCCGAUGAUGCGCAGGGCACCCUCACGUUCCUGUUCCGGGAGAUGAAGGCCAGCAAUGGCGACCCCAGUGAUAGAAUCCUCGCCCUCACCAACAAACACGUCGCCUCCGUCGACACGACCACCCAUUACGAGUUGGACGCGGCCAACCCUCAACAUAUCCUUGUCUGUGGUGAACGUCGUCUCGCUCGUGCCGUCGUCGAGAUCGAAGACGCCGUCAACACCGGGUUUCGCGAUGCCAUUAGACAUGCCGGAGAAUUAGCGGCCUUGAAGUUGAAGUCGGGCGGGGCGAACAGCACGGCCCUGGGACGCAAGCAGACCGCCUUGGACGCCCAGAACGAAGACAACGCCACUCUCCAGACGUUCUUCGACGAAGUCCAAGCCAACUGGCAGGAUACCAACGGCCGCAGGCUCGGUGAAGUCGACUGGGCUCCCGAGAUCUCCGUCAGGGUUGACGACCGCAACUACACUCGCGAUAUCGCCACAUUCGCCGUCGAUGGGGAGAAGCUCGAGAAUUUUGAGCGUAAAAUCGUAGACCUGGGAAACCAAUACAGCGCCGGUAAACUCGAGGAUCCCUUCUGGCCCAUCGCUGCCGUUCGCGGGAACAGGAACAUCCCAGCCGACCUCCAGCUCCCCAUCACUCGCGCUCUGCCUCGCCGCCUCGUCAACAGUCCCGACACGGAGGACAAGAACGGCGAGCCCCUUUACAUCGUCGCCAAGUACGGCGGCACGACUAAGCUCUCAUUGGGCCGCUAUUCCGGCAUGGAGGCUUAUACCUGCACCGACCUCGGACUGGAGUCCAGGGACGUGGUCGUCUAUAAAUAUGGCAAGAAUUCUGGCGACUUCGAGGUUCUUCCCGAGCAUCUGUCAGGGAGAAAGAGAGAGAUGGGGAGAGAGAUUGUGAGCAGGUCUUCAUUCAUGACGGAGGGGGCAUAGAUGGACGACAUACCUCGACGAGAAACCCAUGCAGUAGGCACACCGACUUGACGACGUUCGAGAGACGAUUGUGAUCCAGAUCACGACGACGAAGUAGAGCGGCACACGAC